AUGAGUGGGAGCAAGCAGAGUGAAGUAUUAAAGGGUGGUCAUGCACCGGCCGAAAAAAUCGCUGGUGGUGUACGAAGAGCUCGGAAAGCGCGACUUACUUCGGAGUCCGAGAGAAAUCAGGAGAAGAAGCUGGAAGGACAUGAUGCAUCACAAGAAGAUUACGGUGAUGAACUGGAAGAACAAUCCAAGAAUGUGCUUGCACACAGUGGUUUAGUUGCAAAGACAAAUAAGGACUAUCCAGAAGAAGCAAUUCGCGCUUAUCAUGAUAAACAGGUACCACAGCUUCACAAGUCGAUAAAACCGAGUAUAACUCUAUUCCAACCUGGCAAACAGUAA